AUGGGUUUCGUUGGCUAUGCUAUCUACUAUGCUUUCCACCCCAUUGAAUUGAAGUCAAUUGUCCAAUGGAAACUUCGGCACCAUGCACCACAUGAGCGCAAUGAAAAGAACGAGACCGAAGCACAGAAGACCUGCUUCAAAUUCUUGGAUACAUCAGGCCGGAGUUUUAGCGCAGUGAUCAAGGAACUACACCCAAAGCUACUGUUACCGGUCUGCAUUUUCUACCUAGUCCUCCGGGGGCUGGAUACCAUCGAGGAUGACACUUCAUUGCCUCUGGCGACUAAAGAGCCACUCCUCCGAGAGUUCAAAGACGUCCUGACACAAGAUGGUUGGAGAUUCACUGGAAAUCGACCGGAGGAGAAGGACCGUGAACUUUUAGUUCAAUUUCACAAUGUGGUCACUGAAUUCAAGAACUUGAAGCCUGCGUACCAGGCCGUCAUCAAGGAUAUUGCGGACAAGAUGGGUAAUGGUAUGGCUGACUACGCCGUGAAGGCAGAGAAAGCCUUGAAGGGAGAGAAGGACGAUGCUAUUGUCAAGACUGUCAAGGAGUACGACUUAUACUGCUACUAUGUCGCCGGCCUAGUCGGCGAGGGUCUCACGCGCCUCUUUGUUUCGGCGGAAAUAGCCGACCCAGGCCUAUUGAAGCGUUCCAGCAGGUCAAUGGGCCUCCUUCUCCAAAAGACCAAUAUCAUCCGCGACAUCCGCGAAGACUUUGAUGAUGACCGACGAUUCUGGCCGAAAGAAAUCUGGUCUAGGCAUGUUGACAACUUCGAGGAUCUUUUCAAACCCGAGAAUCUCGGUGCUGCGCUUAACUGCAGCUCGGAGAUGGUUCUCAAUGCCCUCGAGCAUGUCGAAGAGUGUAUUUUCUACCUGGCUGAGCUACGGGAGCAAAGUAUCUUCAACUUCUGCGCUAUCCCGCAAGCUAUGGCUAUUGCUAGUCUCAAUUUGUGUUUCCGCAAUCCUGCAAUCUUUCAACGCAAUGUCAAGAUUACUAGGGGCGAGGCUUGCGAUCUUAUGAUCCAGUCGACUCAGAAUCUGAAUGUCCUGACUCGGACCUUUCGGCGAUACACUCGCGCAAUCCACAAGAAGAACACGCCCGAAGACCCAAAUUUCUUGCAGAUUAACAUUGUCUGUGGGAAGAUUGAGAAGCGGAUUGAGACUCUCUUCCCAACCCAGACAGCCGAAGAAGACGCAGAGAACAAACAGCACAUUUACUUCAUUUUGUGUUUGAUAGGUAUCAUUGUCGUCCUUGUCGCUUUCCUUGUG